GCUAUGUCUUUUAGUCUAUGGUUUAGUUAUAUUUUCGGUGUGGUGGUCGAUUUAUCAAUUUUUCCUGUAAUUGUUGCUGAUUUUAAGCGGGAAUUCAUACAAUUACAAUAAUAACCUGCAACCAUGAGCGUGGAAGAAGAUGUAAUGAAAAUACAAAAGAAAUUGACAAAAAUGAUAUCGGAUGACGGCACGGGCCAAGAAGAAGCUCUUGAACUUUUGAAGGCUCUACAGACUAUGGCAAUCAAUUUGGACGUGUUGACCAAAACGAGAAUUGGAAUGACUGUGAAUGCUAUUCGCAAGUCUAGCAAGGAUGAGGAGGUAAUUUCUUUAUGUAAAACUCUGAUAAAGAACUGGAAAAAGUUUCUAUCAACACCAAACACUCCAUCCAAGGACAAUGGGAGCUCAUCUAAAUCAAAAAAAGAUGGCAAAGACAAGGAAAAGAAGGAUGACAAGGAGAAAGAUAAAAAGUUACCAGCUUCCUUUCCACCUCAAUCCAAUACAACUGAUGCUGUACGACUGAAAUGCCGUGAACUGUUGACACAGGCCUUAAAGGUUGAUGGUGAAAACCCUAGCUCUUGUGCCACUCCUGAAGAACUUGCUGAAGAAUUGGAAGAAUGCAUUUACAUGGAGUUUAAAAACACUGACAUGAGAUACAAAAAUAGAGUGCGAUCUCGAGUUGCUAACUUGAAGGACCCUAAAAAUCCUACUUUAAGAACAAAUUACUUAAAUGGUGUUGUUGCAGCCUCUAGACUCGCUAAGAUGACUCCUGAAGAGAUGGCAAGUGAUGAGAUGAAGAAACUCAGAGAGAAGUUUAUCAAAGAGGCGAUCGAUGAUGCUCAACUGGCUACUGUCCAGGGAACUAAAACUGACAUGCUCAAGUGUGGCAAAUGCAAAAAGAAGAACUGUACCUACAACCAACUCCAGACCAGAAGUUCUGAUGAACCUAUGACCACUUUUGUCCUCUGCAAUGAAUGCGGAAACCGUUGGAAGUUCUGUUAAGACUGCUUUUACUACAACCUUAGAUUAACAUAGUGUGUUUAUCAAUAUUAAGAUACAAUAAGUGUUGUAUCAAAUAAUUCUACUACCUUUUACUAUGAAUUAUGAUAUUUUGGUUUGCUGUUAAUGCAUUGACCUUAUAACUACCAAUGGAUACGGAAUCAUGUUGAGUAGAUAAGGCAUCCUUAGUUUUACAUAAUAAAUUAUCUGCUUUAAGUAAUAUUGUAACUUUUAUUUUGUGAACUAUGUAGUACCUACAAAAUUAGUUGAAUUUUUUAUCAUAAUAAAAGAAUUCGUAAAAGUGAAACAAAUGUUUAUGUUGAGUAAUUAUUGUAUAUUUUUUAUAAUAUUUAGUAACAACAGGAAUGUGUCCUUUAGGACCAAGUAAAAUAUAAAUCAGACACUGUAGAGUGCCAGCAUUUAGUUAUACUCAAAUAACCAACUAUUAUUACUAUCCUCGAGCAAAAUAAUAUUAUUAUUAAUACAAUCAAUAAUUAUGUGAUUAUGCUGUUUUAUAUUGAGUCAUAUUUAUCUGAGGAAAACAAUACAGAAUAAUGAAGCUUCUUAAAACUUAAACACUAUUAAUUAAGAAUCUAAUGUAAAUGACUAACAUAUUGCUCUUAAAAAUAACAAGUACUAAAUUAUAAUAUUCACAAUCAGAUUCAGGUUUCUAAUAAGUUUUAAAUAUCUUUUACCAAAGUAUAAAACUGUCUAG